AUGGUCAGCGUGACAGUUCUGAGUGUUUUCUGGAAAAUCAUGCAAAACCAAAGCUUUAUCACUGAGUUUGUCCUACUGGGAAUUUCACAGAAUCCAGAUGUUCAAAAAAUUGUAUUUGUUAUAUUUCUGUUGGUCUAUAUUGCAACUAUCUGUGGCAACCUGCUGAUUGUGGCAGCAAUCAUCAGCAGUCCAACACUCCUAGGCUCCCCAAUGUACUUCUUCCUCGUUUUUCUGUCUUUGUUGGAUGCAGGCCUCAACUCAGGUAUUGCUCCCAAAAUGCUCAUAGACUGUCUCUCUGAGAAGAAAACCAUCUCCUUUGGAGGUUGUAUGAUGCAGAUUUUUUCUGCACACUUCUUUGCAGGGGCAGAGGUGAUUGUCCUCAUAUCCAUGGCCUAUGACAGGUAUGUGGCCAUCUGCAAACCCUUGCACUACACUUCUAUCAUGAACUCAAGGCUCUGUGGCAUUUUGAUUGCAGUAGCCUGGGCAGGGGGCUUUCUGCAUUCCAUCAUACAAAUUCUCUUUACUUUUCAACUCCCUUUCUGUGGCACCAAUAUCAUUGAUCACUUUAUGUGUGACUUGUUUCAAGUCCUGAAGAUUGCCUGCACUGAUACUUAUUCCUUUGCCAUUAUGGUGGUGGCCAACAGUGGAUUCUUUUGCAUCCUGAUUUUCUCCAUGUUGCUUGUGUCCCCUGCAGUCAUCUUAUUCUCCCUGAGAAACCACAGUGCUGAAGGAAAAAGAAAAUCCCUCUUCACCUGUGGAUCUCAUUUUACUGUUGUGGUUUUGUUCUUUGCUCCAUGUAUAUUUGAGUAUGCAUGGCUUCCAGUUGCUUUCUCCUUCGACAAAAUUGUGGAGAUGUUCUGCACUAUCCUAACUCCAUUACUCAAUCCUUUGAUUUAUGCUUUCAGAAAUAAGGAGGUAAAAAAUGCCAUGAGCAAACUGUGA